AUGGAAACAAGAUCUUCAAAGCGGAAGAAGCUAUUGGAAGAGGAAAAUGAUUGUAGUAAUAAUGAGCAGGGAGGCAAUGAUCGAAUCAGCAAUCUGCCUGAUGCUGUUCUUCACCAAAUUCUCUUCCUUCUUCCCAUCAAGUCCAUUGCACAAACCAGUGUCUUGUCGAAACGAUGGAGGCAUCUCUGGUCCUCCUUCCCCGAUUUGGACUUCACCACCAUCUACCCGUUUGGCAGUUCUUUCUCAAAUGUCAAUCCCAGCAGAAGCACAAGGCUGCAUUCCCUCACCGCCAAAGGAAUGGACUUCAUCACCCAGGUUCUCGAUCUUCGUGACAAGCAGUCCGACGUAAGGAUCCUUCGCUUCCGCGCCUGCUUGAGUUUUUCGCGCUUGAACGGCUUCAUCCGUCGUGCCAUUAGGCAUAAUGUUCAAGAACUUGAGGUCGAAGUCGCAACGAAUGAUUACUUCAACCUUCCGCGCUGCGUCAUGACGAGUGAAUCGCUAAGGGUUUUCAAGUUGAAGUCGCAUUAUCCGGGGUUUCGAUUGCCUCCUUCAUUUCUAAUGACGGGCGGUUUUAGAUCGCUCCACACUUUGUGUCUUUCGCUUAUUAUUUGUUACGACCAACCCUCUCUCCUUGAUUUGUUUACGGAUUCAUCGUUUCCCCUACUUCGAAAAUUGGUUCUCGAUGCUUGUUUUGGGUUGAAACAUCUUGGUAUUAGCUGUAGAUCCCUGCAAGAUUUAACUCUAGAGAACUGUUUCCAGCUGCAUGAUUUGAAUAUCUCAAGCGCAAAAUUGGAGAGAUUGCGAGUAGCAAGUUGCUUUGAUGCUUACGUAAGCAAGAGCUGGGUAAAGAUUACCGCACCAAGGCUCCAAGUUCUUCUUUGGGAUUACAAUGCUAUUACUGAUAAAAGUUCUAUAGAGAACUUGACGUUGCUUCAUGAGGCCUCGGUUGGAUUCUUCACACGUCCGGAGGAUGUAAACGAGGUGAAAAUUUGGAGUGUUUGCAAUCUUCUAUCUGGUCUCUCUCAUGCCCAAUGUUUAACACUUGAUUCUCAAUCUACCGAGAUUUUGGCGAACACCAAGCGGUUUGGAGCUCUUUUGCAUCCAUUUGAUAGCCUCAAACAGUUGGAAUUGCAUACGAGGUUUGACAAAAACAAUAUCCCAGGAUUGGCAUGCCUGUUUAGGAGCUCUCCUAUGUUACACACACUCUCUCUCCAAAUACUCAAUGAUCGCCGGGUUGAAAGAAGACAAUUGAAUAGGGACCGGUCUGGCUCCGAGGAGGAGCAAUACUGGGAAUCUCAGACACAUACUUUAAAGUCCUUUCUACAUCAUCUUAAAGUGGUGAAGAUCCAUGGAGUUUUAGAAUGUGAAAAUGAAAUCAGUUUAGCAAAGUUUUUGCUUAAGCAUGGCAAGGAAUUGCAGGAAAUUAUUCUUUGCUCGGGACAAUAUUGCAGCGGUCGAGAUUCUCGUCAACAACGAAAAAUUAAAGCAGAGAUGAUGGGAUUCUCUUGGGCUUCUUCUAAUGCUAAAAUUCAAUUUCACUAA